UCGCUCCGGUUGCCACCUCCACCGCCUCCGGGACGGCACCGGGGACCCGGGCACACAAUGAACCCACUCGCCACGGGCUCACCAUGCGCCAGACCCCGCGACUGAACCCCGAGGGCCCCAAGAUGUCUGCGUGCAGUGACUUUGUGGAGCACAUCUGGAAGCCCAGGUCCUGCAAGAACUGCUUCUGUCUGCGGAGCGACCACCCGCCGGCCGUCGGCCAGGCCCCGGCCAGGGCGGGCAGCCUGCCCCCGCCCCCACGCCUGCCCCCCAGGCCCGAGACCGGCCGCCUGGACGAUGACGGCUCGCCCUACUCCAAGCCCACCAUCGCCGUGAAGCCCACCGUCAUGAGCUCCGAGGCCUCCGACACGCGGACGGAGGCGCGGACCGAGGCCGGCCCGCAGGUCAUCUGGAGACGAGCGCCCGGCCAGCUGCCCCUCCCGAAGCAGGAUGACGCGGCCCUGGAGUACCCGGGCGGCUUCGGAGGCGGGCCCCGGCCCCCGGGCCCCCCGGCCCGCGCCGCCGCCGGCCCGCCCAGCCCGGAGCCCGGCGAGAAGAGCCCGGCCUUCCCCGCGGCCCGCCGCCCCGCGGAGGAGCCGGCCUCGGCGCAGGAGAGCCUCCGCCGCAAGCUGGCGGCCUUGGCGGGGACGGCCCCCGGCUGCCCCCCGGGCCCGCCCUCGGAGGACGGCGCCGACCCGCGGUGCCCGGCGCCCGGCGACGGCGAGGGCGGGGAGUACUGCUCCAUCCGGGACUGCUGUCCGGGCAGCCCGGCCGCCGAGGCCCCGGAGCCCGCGGAGGGCGCCCCGGCGUGCGCCCGGCCCCGCGCGGAGGGGGCGCGCCGCGGGUCCGACGGCGGCAGCCCCCGUGGCCCGCACCCCGAGAGCGAGUACUGCGCCCUCAGGAAGGACCCGGCCCCGGGGCGGCGGCCGGCGGACUCCAGCGAGCGCCCGGGGCCGGCCGGGGACCCCCGAGCCCCGGCCCCGCCCGAGCCCAUCUACGCCGAGAGCACCAAGCGGAAGAAGGCGGCGCCGGGGCCCUCGAGGCCUCGGGGCCGGGCCGGGGCCGCCUGGGCCCCGAAAGGGCCGUCGGGCCCGCGCAGGGACGGGGCGGGGCCGGGCCCGGCGCCCCCGGGGGCCGCCACCCUCACCGUGGUGGCCGCCCACCCCGAGGAGGACCGCCGGACCAUCGCCCUGAGCAGCCCCGACUCCGCCGUGGGCGUGCAGUGGCCGCGGGGACCCGCGAGCCCCGAGGAGGCCGAGGACCCGCCGGAGCCCGGCGCCCCGGGGCGGCCGGCCAUCCCCCCCAAGCUGUCCCGGGGCAGCCCCGGGGGGUCCCCCGCCUCCCCGCGCGCCUCCCCCCCGGCCCCCCUCGCCCAGGGCGGCCCGGCCGAGCCCGCCGCCGCCUCCCCGCCGGCCGCCGACCCCAGGCGCCCCCCGUUCCAGGCGGCCGCCGCCUGGAGCCGCAUCGAGGAGGAGGAGGAGGCCGAGCAGGGGCUGUGGGCCCAGAGCUGGGGGCGAAGGACCGGGAACGGCCCGGCCCACCUCGCCGACGCCGCCACCUGGCACCGCCUGCACCCCGGCGGCGACGGCAGGGCCGGGGCCGGCAUGAGCAAGUCGGCCUCGUUCGCCUUCGAGUUUCCCAAGGAUCGGAGCGGGAUGGAGACGUUCUCCCCUCCCCCGCCCCCUCCCAAGUCCAGGCACCUUUUAAAAAUGAACAAGAGCAGCUCUGACUUGGAGAAGGCGAGCCACGGCUCUGCAGAAAGCCUCAGCCCUUCCUUCAGGGGCGGCCACGUCAGCUUCACCUCCGGCUCCACGGACAGCCUGGCCUCGGACUCCAGGACCUGCAGCGAUGGAGGAGCAGCGUCCGAGCCCACCCCUUCUCCCACCACCGGCGGGAGGCAGCUCUUCGCCCCGGUCCCCUUCCCUUCGGGCUCCAGCGAGGAGGUGUGCCCCUCCGGCUCCCCCCAGCCCCCUCCGCUCCCCCAGAAGAAGAUAGUGAGCCGGGCGGCCUCUUCCCCCGACGGCUUCUUCUUCGCCCAGGGCUCCCCCAAGCCUCGCCCAGCCAGCCCCAAGCUGACCCUCAGCCACUCGGAGACCAACGUCUGUGUCCACGACGAGCCCCCCUUCAGCUGCUCCCCGAGCUCUGGGCUCUGCCGCCCGCAUGCCUUCUCCUCCUCUGAGCCCCUAGAGAGAGCUUUCCCGAGCAACGGCGCCUGGGCCCCAGCCUCGGGGCUGGCCGGCGGCAGAGGCGACGGCGUGAACCCCAACCCGCAGGGCCCCCCGGCGGCCACCCCUUCCUCCUCCUCCUCCUCCUCCGGCGGCUCCCAGCUGCACAGCCUCCUGAACAGCAUCAGCAGCAAAGAGGGCACCUACGCCAAGCUGGGGGGGCUCUACACCCAGUCCCUGGCCCGCCUCGUCGCCAAAUGUGAGGAUCUCUUCAUGGGCGGCCAGAAGAAGGAACUGCACUUUGACGAGAACAACUGGUCCCUCUUCAAGCUGACCUGUAACAAGCCCUGCUGCGACGCGGGAGAUGCUAUUUAUUACUGCGCCACCUGCUCCGAGGACCCCGGCAGCACCUACGCUGUGAAGAUCUGCAAGAGCCCCGAGCCCCAGGCGGCGGCCGCCUGCUGCGGGCCCGCGGUGCCCGCGCACUUCAACAUCCAGCAGGACUGCGGGCGCUUCGUGGCGUCGGUGCCGGCCAGCAUGCUGGGGGAGCCGGCGGGGGGCCCCGCGGCGGAGCGGGACCGCGUGGUGGUCAUCACCCGCGAGGUGCCCGACCAGACGGCCGCCGACUUCGUGCGCGCGUCGGCCGGCAGCCACGGCGCGGAGCCCGAGGCGUACGAGCGGCGCGUGUGCUUCCUGCUGCUGCAGCUGUGCGCGGGGCUGGAGCACCUGCAGGAGCACGGCGUGGUGCACCGCGACCUGUGCCUGGAGAACCUGCUGCUGGCGCGCGCGGGGCCCGCGGCGGCCGCCCCCGCGCCGGGCGCCCCGCCGCCGCUGCCGCGCCUGCUCAUCAGCAACUUCCUGCGGGCCAAGCGGCGGCCCGACCCGCGGCAGCGGCGCAGCCAGGCGCGCCUGGCGCCCGAGGUGGUGUCGGCCGCGCAGUACCGGCGCGUGGACGAGUUCCAGGCCGGCAUCCUCAUCUACGAGCUGCUGCACCAGCCCAACCCCUUCGAGGCGCGCGCCGGGCUGCGCGAGCGCGCCUACCGCGCCGAGGACCUGCCGCCGCUGCCCGCGCGCUCGCUCUACUCGCCGGGCCUGGCGCGCCUGGCGCAGCGGCUGCUCGAGGCCGACCCGCGCCGCCGCAUCCGCGUGGCCGAGGCCCGCCGCGCGCUGCAGUGCCUGCUCUGGGGCCCGCGGCGCGAGCUGCUGGCGCGGGGCGGGGAGGACGAGGGCGGCGGGGACGGGGAGGCCGCGCUGCGCGGCGCGCUGCACAACUGGAUCCACAUGAAGCGCGCGCUCAUGAUGAUGAAGUUCGCCGAGAAGGCCGUGGACCGGCGGCGCGGCGUGGAGCUCGAGGACUGGCUCUGCUGCCAGUACCUGGCGGCCGCCGAGCCCGGCGCGCUCCUGCACUCGCUCCGCCUGCUGCAGCUGCUCUGAGCCCCG